AAUUAGAAUCAAAAAUGUCAUCGAAGUUCUUACCUCCGGUUGCUUUUCGGUUUUAUGAUAGUAGUAGAUGGACCAAAUCAAGUUUGGAUAAUUGGUCAGAUAUUCAACUGCAAAAUUUACUAAAAUUGAAAAUAAAUCGAGUUGCUAUUGUUCAACAAUUGAAAGUAGAGCACAUUUUAGAUUAUUUACAUGACGAGGGUGUGCUAACGAGGAGAGAAUGUGAUUUUAUUAUUGGCUGCGAAAACCCAACGGACAGGGCACGGAUUCUUGUUGAUAUUUUACCCACAAAAACAGGUCAAUGUGAUUGGUACAAAUUAUUUAAGAAGUCUUUAAUGAAUCCGGAUACCGAUUCAGAGGAUAUAAAGAAGCAAUACAGGAUGCUAAUUGAUUUUAUGGAGAAUACUCUAUUACCUGAGCAAUUACAAGUCGAAACGGAAAGACGAGGAAGUGAUGCUGGAAGAUUACCUUACUACAGGCCUAUACCAGGUAUAAGUAAAUUCUGGACUGGGACGAAAGAAGCUCCUCGAACUUCAGAGACGGAUGAAGAGAAUGGCCGCAGUGGACGAAGAAAGAAAAAAUGUUCUUUUACAUUAGUAGAUUUAGACGAAGCAAAUGUGAUAUUUCCGGCCUGGUACCAAUCAAAAUUAACUGAGUCGGAUAGACUCUUCAAUCAACUGUCUCAGUCAAAAAAAGAGGAAGAUAAAAAGCAGUUAAGUAGAGAAGAAACUGCAUUGGAAACUAUGAAAAAACUGGAAUUUCUUUUUACGCUACAAAAUGAUGAUCUAUUAACAGAUGAAUUUGAAUUAUGUUUAUCCAACUUUUUCCAUAAAUUUGUUACGGAUACUCAUUACAUUCCUGCAUAUUUAAAAUAUUUACACUCUCUUAAAGAUUCAAAUUCCAUUGAUAUUAUUGAUGAAGUCUCUUCAAGAAUGAUAGAAAUAUUGAAUGAACCUAAAACGAAGACUGAACGAGAUUUGAUCAAAAUUUUUGAAAUUGUACUUGGUCUAGCAGAUAUCUUACUAGAAAUGGGUAAUGAAAACAAAGCCGAAAAUCUCUUAAGAGCAGCUAAGAAUCUAACAAAUCCGGAUGUAGUUUGGUAUUAUAGAUUGGACGCUGUACUCAUAAAAAUCCACAUAGACAGGGCUGAAUUUAAUGAAGCUAGGGCUUUAAUUCAAGAAUCUCCAAAGUUUGAGAAGAGCGCAAUUUAUGUACAAACAGCGAGGUUGAACAGAGAAGAAGGUAACCUAGAGGCCGCAUUGGAAUACAGUAAAAAAGCGUUAGAAGAAGCUGCUGGUGAAGAAACGUUUAAAACAGAAGAUUCUAUAAAUGCAAAAAUUGAGAUGUCAUUGACGGAAGCCUUAAUGUGGAGGUUGAAAGACGCAGAAGAAACAUCUCAAAAUGCUUUUUUGGUUGCAGAAGCUAAUUAUGGAAAACGUCAUCCAAUCUUUUAUAGAGCAUGUUUGAACUAUUUUGAAAUUUUGAAGCAAUUUAACAACGAUAUUGAAUUAUAUAAACUCACAAAAAGACUUUUAUACAGUGUUGAAACGUGUUAUGAUUCAGGUCUUUCUUUAUUAGUAGCUGAUGUUAACCGAUUAAUGGCAAGCAUCAUGAUUGCCCUACAACAGGAUCAAUCCAAAUGGUACAAUUGUGCAACGAAAGCUGUAGAAACGGCUCAGGAACUUUAUCCACCAAAUCAUCCUAAAAUAGCAUACUUUCGUGCUACACUUGCUCAAUGUCUUUACUGUGUGGGCCGUUUAGAAAACAAAAAGGAAGAACUUACAUGGGCCGAAAAAGAAGCGUCUACGGUUCUGGAAAUGUACCGGCUACAUUGGGGUGAAGAGAGCAUUAAAACAGCUUUAGCAACAGCCCUCCUAGCUCAAAUUCAAACGAAAUUAGGAAAGACUGAUGAAGCAAGAGCUGCUCUCGAAGUUAUUGAACAACGUCACUCAAGUACAUAUUUACAAGUAUUAAUUGGUUCAUUCUACAACGAAAUAUCCGCUCCAGUUGAAGCUAUUAAUAUACUCAGAAAAGCUUUGCAACCUCCGCCAUACACUCAAAAAGUUUUCUUGAAAUGGAUUAGUAAAGCAUUUGAAUUGCUUAACGCACUUUUACACGCUUGUGGUAAUAUACAAGGAGCCUACGAAAUCGAGUCAGAGUAUUCAGACUGGGCAGUGGCUAACAAUGAAUUAAACGUUGAAUGGGCAACGGUGUUUAUCAUUUGCGGAAAAUAA